GCUACCGAAACCGAGGCACGGAACGCGAGAGGAAGCGGAAGUUGCUGGUCGAAGCGCACACGUGACUGCAGCAUGGCUCCCGGAGGGAAGAUCAACCGGCCGAAAACUGAUUUGCAAAAAAAAGUUUUUAAAAGGCGCCGUCUGAUUUCUCGGGAGAAACGGAAGAAGCAUAAGAUAGUUGGUGCUGUGGUAGACAAAGAGUUAAUAACAGUUCAUCACUUACGGAAGAGAAGUUCCAGCGCUAGAGCAAAUAUCACACUUUCUGGUAAGAAGAAGAGAAAAUUGAUUAAGCAAAUCCAACAUCUCCAGAAAGAGAAGGCGACCAUGCAUGUGGAGCCCAAGCCAAAACCUCAAAAACCAAUCAACACUAUGGAAGUUGAGGCCGGCACUUCAAAAAGGAAAUCCAAGAAACCUCUGCAGGAUGUGGAAAUGGAGGAAAUCGUUCCAGAAACCAUUACAGAGGGAGGAUCUCUUGCAUAGGGAUUAGUGUGAUCAGCAUUAAAGGGGUACUCAGGUGGAAAACGUAUUUAUUUAUUUAUUUUUUAAAUCAACUGGUGCCAGAAAG